AUGGUUUCACUCGAGUUGAUGCGUGCUUCCAACUCCUUGGUCGCCACCAGCCUCUCUGCAGGGCUCGUCGCUGUCUUCGUGGGUGCAACAAGCGGAAUCGGCGAGACCACAGUCAAACAAUUUGCCAAACAGGCAAAACAGCCACAAAUCUUCGUCCUUGGUCGCAGGGAACAUGAAGGGAAGCGCAUCCAAGCAGAAGUCGAAAGUCUCAAUCCCAGUGGCGAAUACCACUUUGUCCAAGCCGACGUCAGUCUUCUUAAGAAUGUUGACCACGCCUGCCGUCAACUACGGGCCCGGGAGCCCGCCAUCAACCUGCUGUUCCUCACUUGUGGAUCACUGAUCACGAAGACACAAAUCGAUGAAGGUCUUCAUUAUCCUAUGGCUCUCAUGUACUAUGCUCGCACGCGGUUCAUCGUCAACCUCCUGCCUCAACUGAAGCAAGCACAAUCCUUGCGCCGUGUCGUCACCGUGGCUGCCGAUAGCAAAGAGGGUGACAUUAUCACGACGGAUUGGCAGGCCAACAAUGUGGGCCUCUUGUCAUUCAGGCCCCACGCCACAUCCAUGAUCACGUUGACGCUCCUGGCCAUCGCAAGACAGGCCCCGAGUGUUUCUUUUGUACAUGAACACCCCGGUUUUGUCAACACCGGCAUGUCACGAGAGCUCCCUGGGAUCAUCCCUGCCAUCUCGAAAGUCGUCUGGGCGCCCGUGAUGGCUAUGCUCAAAAUUCCCAUUGACAAGGCUGGCGAGCGCCACCUUUACCUCGCCACCAGCGCCCGUUUCCCGCCCCGCGACCUUUGCGACGACGGAAUGAGCACCUCUGAUGACAGCGGGGAGAUCCUUCCUCUCGGAAAGGGUGUUCGCACUGCCGUCGGGGCAUCUGGAUCACCUAGUGGUGGCGUGUACUCUGUGGACUGCGAGGCCGAGGGAACUAGCGAGAGGGUUCAGAGAGUUCUAGAAGGUCUGGAGAAGGACGGGACGGCAGACAAGGUCUGGAAACACGUCCAGAGAGUUCAUACGGAUCACGGGAAACACAGCUGUUUGAGGGUCCGAUGUUGA